AUGUCCUCCGAACUAUUCUACUCCUUCCUCCGCAUCUCGACCGCGCAGACGCUCCGCGCAUCCGGCAUCGACCGCUGCCCGCCCUCGGUCCUCGACACGCUCACCGACCUCACGAUCAGAUACAUGACCCUUCUCUCCACCAAAGCGACCGCGAACGCGUACAUCUGCGGCCGAGGUGAGGUGGAGUUGGGAGACCUGAGGUUCGCGAUGGAGCAGGCGGGGAUGUUGAGGCCGACGAGGAUGUUGGAUGAGACGGUGAAUGAUGGGGAGGUGUGGGGGAUCGAUGUUGAGGAUGAGGGGUUGGAGAGGUUUUUGGAGUGGUGUAGGACUGUGCCGAGGGAGAUCGCUGCUGUUACAGGAGGGGAGGAGUUGAUUGAUACAUUGAUGAAGAAACAAACAAACGUGAGCCAGGAAGAUAGAUUCAAAGGCACGAUCCUCGACCCGUCCCCGCCGCCGUCACCUACACAACACAGCAAACUUGAGAUCGAAGGCGGUCCUGGUCCGGUUGAGUUAUAG